UCCAUCCUCCUCGAUCAACCUCCUUCACACCUCCAUCCAUCAUCUCUACCUCUGGCACGGCGCAUGCUCUCGCCGGACCACACUCCCGCGCGCCCCGGCCCCCCGCUGCCCGCCAGCGUGGGCGCGGUGUCGGCGCCGGGCUCGCGCCGCUCCUCCAUCGUCUCUCGGAGCUCGGCCGCGCUCUCUCCCGCCGUGAGCCCUCGCACCCUCCUCCGUCCACACCUCAACCGCGCGAGCACGACGACGCUCGCCGCAGCCGGCGGCGCGCUUAUGAGCGUCGACGCACCCCCGCCCGCUCCGGACCCAUUCCAUACAGGCGCGACAAUCAGCAUCAACCAGCCUGUCGGAAGCCUCUCCAUCUCGCCCUCGAGCCGCGACGUCUGCCUUGCCUCCCGCAAAGGUCUGUACAUCCUCGACUUGGCCAACCUCGAGAGUGCGCCGCGCUUCGUGCCACAGGGCGGCACGUGGCAGAUUGCAGACGUGCAGUGGUCGCCGCAUGCCGUGACGGACAACCUCAUCCUCUCGACCAGCUGCCAGAAGCUGCUCGUAUGGGAUUUGGCUGCGCAGGUCGCGCUGAACAGGAGUAUCGAGGCGCACGAGCGCGCUAUUACUGACAUCAACUGGCACUCGCUGAAUCCCAACAUGAUGGCGACGGUGGGCAUGGAUGCGGCUGUGAGAGCUUGGGACCUCCGACAUGACUGUAAGCGCCCCGCGGUGCGUCUCUCUGCGUGGGGCGCAGCGGGCACACAGGUCAAGUGGAACCGACUGAACGAGUACGUGCUCGCAACCGCGCACCAUCGCGAGGUCCUGCUAUGGGAUACGCGCAAGGGCAGUGUGCCAGUCGACACGGUCAAGGCGCACGACUCGAAGAUCUACGGCAUCGACUGGGACCGCGUCGAGACACACAAGCUCGUCACAUGCUCCCUCGACAAGACCAUCAAGUACUGGAGCAUCCCGUCUCUAUCGAGUGGGCGCGACCCUGCCUUCUAUCCGUACCACUACGAGACGAUCUCGACCAACUAUCCGGUGUGGCGCGCGCGCCAUCUGCCAUUCGGGCAGGGCGUGCUUGCGCUGCCACAGCGCGGCGAGACGGCACUGGAGAUGUUUGGCAUUGGCGGCGACACGCCGUUGGAGCGGUUCGAAGGGUCUACCGGCGUCGUCAAGGAGUUCGUAUGGCGCAUCCGCGGCGGCACCGAUCUCUCCGUCGAAGAUCGCGAGUUCCAGCUCGUCACCUGGUCCAAGGACCGGAAAUUGCGCAUCUGGAACGUGCCGCGCGAAGUGACAGAAAAGGCGGGGUACAAGCCCGGCGCGCCCAUCCCUUAUCGCUCUUCGCGGCUCGGCGCCAAGAACCGCACUUUUACCGCCAUCCCAGGCGGCGACGUGCGCACCAACGGCAUUCCUCUACGCCCGCCCGGCGCGCCCAGUACCAGCCCCGUCUUCAGCUUUGGCAUGCAGGCGGGGCCGAGCGGCAUAGCGCGCCAGCGGCUGAUGGCACACACGCAGCGCGAGGCGGGCAUGACCCGCGGCGGGGGACAGGCACGCAAGAUCGACCAGCUCGAGUGGCUCACCAAGGUCGUACGGACUGACGACCACGCCACGAAAACGGACAGCACGACGGGAAGCCGUACACCGAGCGUUAGUGAGAGAGACUCGUCGAGCUCGCGCUCUCGCAGCUUGACCAAGCGCGAGCGAAUGCGUCCCCUCAGCGCCAGUACGCGCACACCGAGCCGCGUACGGGGCGAGAAGCUGGAGAGGGAAGAGUUAAUGAGUCUCAAAGAGGAGGUACUGCUUGCGCACAAGCGCUUCCCCAAGAGCAAAGUCAACUUUGAGCGGCUCGACUUGACGCAGCGCAAGCUGACUAUGUCGAUGAACGGGCCCUGGGCGAAUGGAAACCGCGUCGCGUUUGUGCGCAUACACUGGAGCUUCCCGCAGAACUAUCCGUAUGGGAACGAAAUACCCACGUUCGAGCUCGAGCGCAACGCUACUGUGUCGUCGAUAACGCGACAGCGCAUGGUCUCGACGAUCAAGGAGAUCAGGCUGAACCACAGACAGUGUCUCGUCUCCGUCACAGAGUUUCUGUUGGGAUACUAUGAGAGGACGGGGCGCCGGGCGCUCGAAGAGGAAAGUGGGAGCGACAACGACGAUGUCGACGUCAACGUGCCCAUGCUCAUCCGUACGACUGGCGCGGUUUUUGGUCCGAACGGUCAGUUGGCCUGCUUUUUCCCCAAGCAGACGGUGCUGCCGCGCGCGCGUACCAGCCUCUCCCGAUCACCGAGCGGGACAAACGACCCGCUCAAGAGCCCGUUGGCGCGUGCGAUCUACGCCCUAUCUCGUCUGGAGAACCCGACCAAGCCCGCCGUCUCUCUCCGUUUCCGUCGGCGGAGAGAGAAGGCAAUGAUGGCGCCAGUGCAGCAGAGAUCGUUGCUCACGCUGCGUAAUGUGUCGCAUCUACUUCCCGAAUCCGAUAUGGCGCUCGCUGCGCUGUACACCACCACGUCACCCGAAGCAAACUUCCGCGCUGCCGCCGAGGGCCGCCGGCUGGACCACGCCGAGAUCUGGCAGACUGUGCACGGCGUGCUCUCGGACCCGCCCCCACCAUACUCUGACCUCCCACCUACUCGGGCCCAGGCCACCCCGCCGAGGGAUCGCAUGCUCUGGGAGCGUGACAUGGAGCGCAAGCGUCGAGUGCUCGAUGAGCUCUUCGAGCGCCUCAUGGCUGCUGCAGAUGUCCAGCUUCUCGCCCUUGUGGCAUGCAUGCUGCUGGAGUACGACAAGGUCGCUCCGCCUCCCCCGCCCGCCAUUGAGGAGAUUGUGCAAAAGUCGCCAGAACGCGGCUACUUCGUACUCCCCGAGCCUCGGCGCUCCUCCAGCCUCACACCGACCACGCCCCCCGUUUCUGCUGGCCCCAGCAGCUUCCGCACGAGUGGCUGGUCCCAGAUCCUCAUGAACCCCUCCUCCAUCUCUCUGCGCGGCAUGACGCUGACCCCGCGCGACCGCAGCUCAUUCGAGAUCCCCACCAGAGCCAGCGUCGGCAGCAUCGACGACGGGCCCAUGGCGCUCGCGACCUCGAUGUCUCCGGGCCGGCGGAUGAACAUCCCCCCGCGCCGCCAGAACUCGAGCACCUCGGCGGGGAGUCUAGGCCUGCAGUCCCCGCGCCGCCUCGAUAGACGUGACAGCGCCGGCCGUGAGCUGACACGCACGAUGAGCCGCGAUGUCCGUCCACGCCCUCUCAGCGCGACCACCACCAGCCCGCCCACCUCGGCCGUGCCCCCCACGCCGUCGCGGCUCAUCAACGCCACAAACGCCAGCGAGCCUUCCAGCGAUGGCUCGGGGUCGGGCCCAGGCGGCGUGCGCCACAAGGUGUCGUUUGGGAGUGGGAGCCCGCUACGUCGCGCGUUUAGUCGUGCGCCGAAUCUGCCAACGAUAAAGCGGCGCUCGCCGACGUGCUCUGUCCGCAUCGAUUUGAAUAUGGAGGAGGCCCCCUCCUUCCCCGCUUCCCUCCUCCGCCCCCAGCUCCGACCCCAAGCCGAGCUGUGGAAACUAGCAUACGCUGACCUCCUACUGCGUGCCGGACUCGUCGGCAAACGUGCUACGGUACUGCAGUACGAGUUUGUGAGCGUUGAGGGAUCGGCUGUGACUGCGGCGAGUGGUGAUCUGCCCUCGCAAGGCCUCGUGCUCGCCAACGUGUGCCGUUUCUGCGGCGACCACGUGCUCCAGCCUGAUGAUGUCAAGUGUCCUGGGUGUGCGCGAUACAAGGAGCCGCCGCUGUGUGGUGUUUGCAGACUGCCAAUCAAGGGUGAGUCUAAUCUAUCCUUUAAAUAAGCUGACAGCAGGCCUCACAACAACCUGCACAACAUGCACACACACCUCCCACACGCGCUGCCUGCGACUCGUC